UAUAAUAUAACUCAAAGUCCAUGAGAUAUAUUGUAUAUAAACCACCGAUCGUAGCCAUGCGAGCGAAAGCAGAUUCAAGGAUAUGCAUCUGAGAACUCAAACUCGUGCUCUGUUCGAGAGAAUAGGACUGACUAAGCCAGACCUAUCGUGAAUGCCAUAGGAGGCGCUAAAUAUAAACUACAUCUUGGUGUUUCCCGAUAGACCAUGACGUCACGCUGGAAGGUAGCAAGGUGUGGGCGCUACGUUUGUUUGGGCUCAGACUUCGAAGAAUUGAGUCAGUGAUUCAGUUUACGUAAGUUUAAGGAUCACAUACAGCUUCUCAACACACAGUAAUGAUCCAAAUAAGCAUCUGGAUCGUAUUAGCUAUCAAAAUGUUUAGCAAGCAACAGAGUAAGUAAAUCAUGACAACUUGUUGCGCAUUUUUAUAGGACAUUGUCUGGCCUGUUCUGUGACAUCACAAUAACAUUGGCGUCAAAUACAGAGAAGUAUUGUUGAGUGUAGCAUAUUCUGCGUGGCUUCAUUCAUGCUGACAGUGUUGUAGUGCAUCGUUAGUCUUCGGUAGUAAAACUUUCUUAGUCCUAGUGUAUAAUAAACAUUAGUUUGUAAGCUACGAUGACAAAUCUCGUGUCUGCACGCAUCGUGGUACUGGGAAGUAAACAGGUUGGCAAAACAGCUGUCAUCGUUCGUUUUCUCACGAAGAGGUAUAUCGGAGAAUACAAGUCUAAUACAGAUUGGCUCUAUAAACACGCAGUGACCUUUGAUGGCAUGGUCAGUAACGUUGAGAUAUUCGACGUAUCUAGGUUUCCUAACGAUUCUGUGCCAGAAGAGGAAGUACGUUGGGCCGACGCCUGUGCAGUGAUUUACAGUAUUUGUGACCGUGACAGUUUUAACAAAGCCCACGAAUGUCUUGAUUUAAUUCAUCGUCUGAGGGCGCCAAGUUAUGUCCCUGUUGUGUUGCUAGGAAACAAGAAAGACAUGGAACAGGGUCGGCAGGUAUCUUUGGAAGAUGGUAACGAACUUGCCAGUCAGUAUGGUUGUCAGUUUUAUGAAGUUUCGGCUGCAGAUUCAUUCGUUGAUGUCUCUACAGCUUUUGAAAACUUAAUCCGCGAAGCUAGAUCACUGCAGCUUCAACGUUCUUUGCCUCGUCAAAGAAAACUCAGUAUUAUUACAGUGUCUAAAAUGUUCGGUGCUAUGUUUGGGAAAACUUCACCCAAAGUUGUUGUCAAAAGCAAACGUCCAUCAUUUUCUUUAUAACUUGGCUUAUUAAAAGUAAACGACUGACAAUAUUCUUAAUUAAAAUAAAAUCUACUGAGGCAUAACGUUUUAGAAAUAUUUACUGUUCAGCUUUUUAAUAGGUAUGCCUUAAAAAUAUCUUACAGUCAGUUACACUACUUAUUACUGACUCAUCAAUCGAAAUUUUUAAAUAUUUCAUUGUUAUGAUGAUCACCAUUCAUGGGAAAAAGCUGAAGAGAUGUAAUAUUCCAAAUACAUUUUAAUUUUUAAGAAAAAGUCGCUAAAAAAUUACAAAAUGGAUAUAUUUAAAUUUGUUGUUGCGAGCAUUUCUGGAACAGAUGUAAAUACAUUACUCAAAAAAGUUUACGAUGCGAUGCAAGGAUUUGCGACUCUAACAAUCCAUUUGUAAGGUGGCUACACAUGGCCAUAGUUGAUACAUCAACAACUUGUUCAUGGAAAAACACAUAACCACGAUAUGGAUGCAUUCAAUUCUGUGGUAAAUCAACUUGUCCACCAUAGUAAAAACACAUAAGCACAAUAUGGAUGUAUUCAAUUGUGUGAUAAAUCAACUUGUCCACCAUAGUAAAAACACAUAACCACAAUAUGGAUGUAUUCAAUUGUGUGAUAAAUCAACUUGUCCACCAUAAUAAAAACACAUAAGCACAAUAUGGAUGGAUUCAACUUCAUGGCUUACCAACAACUGGUCCACAUAUUUUAUAGUAUGUAGCAUAAAAUACAUUGAAUUAAAUUACCCCAUAGAAAUCACCAUCAUAUUGUAAUAUGGAUUUUGCUGAACAACAGAAGUAAUGUCAUGUCCAGCAUGUCUAAUGAAAAACACUGCCCAAAGAAGCUUUGUGUCACUAUAAGUCUUGUUUUUUUAACUUUACUUUUUUUCUAUUCCAAGGCAUUUUUGCAGUGUGAUUGGACAAUUGAAUCGAAAUGUAUAUUUUAUCAUCAAUGGAUAAAAACAAAGUGACACUAGAUGUACAAACUAUGCUGUUAUUCAUACUUUCAUUAAUUAUAAGUGUAGCAUUUUGAAUCUGCUAUCCAUGAAUUAUGUAGAUUGUUUUACUGAAAUAAUUUGUACCUUUAUACCACACAGAUUGUAGCGUUUGUAUAAAUUAUGUUCAUAAGAAUCGGAUAUGCAUUACUUUUUCAUGUAAAAAUAUACUUUAUCACAUUCAAUACUAAAAAGCAUUGUUUCUAAUAAUGAACACAGAAGUUUUCAUUAACUCCCAUGGAUAAGCUGACUGUGGUUCUUGUAAAUAAAGAUGAAAGUAUUUGUA